AAUCAAAGCGUCUACCAAUCAGAGCGAAACAAGACACAGCGGGGCGGAGCUGUUACGCAUGCGCUUUGACAACACGGAACUAAACGGGGCAUUGACCGAGUCGUUUUGGGUGGAGCUGAAUAUUCCUGAAUACUGACCCAGAGCAGAGAUGACGUCCAGUCAGACUCAGUACCUGCUGCUGCUGCUGUUGAGUGUGGGAGUCUCAGCGGUGGAAGUCCAACGACCUCGGGGUGUCCCUUUGUCAAAACGGCAGUUCUAUGAAGAGGGCAAACCUUUCACUUGCCUCGAUGGCUCCCGCACUAUUCCCUUUGACAGAGUGAAUGAUGACUACUGUGAUUGUAAGGAUGGCUCUGAUGAACCAGGUACUGCUGCUUGUCCCAACGGCAGCUUCCACUGCACCAACGCAGGUUUCCGACCAGGCUUCAUCCCUUCCUCCCGCAUCAAUGACGGAAUCUGUGACUGCUGUGACACAACAGAUGAGUACAACAGUGGUGCCGCCUGUCAGAACACCUGCAGGGAGUUGGGCCGCAAAGAGAAGGAAAGCCUGCAGAUUAUGCUAGAGAUCACUAAGGAGGGCUUUCUGCUUAAACAACAACUUAUCCAGGAGGCAAAGAGGGGCCUUGAGGAGAAAAAGGCCAAACAAGCAGAUAUUCAGAUCAGUAAGAAAGAUUUGGAAAAUAAGGUGGAGGCCCUGAGAACAGUGAAGGAGACCGCAGAGCAGCCAGAAAAAGAAGCCAAAGAGCGCCAUCUGAAGGCCUGGGAAGAACAAAAGGCUGUUAUUCAAAUGGAGAAGGACAAGGCUAAAAUGGCUGAGGUGUUGUCUGAAUUGGAUGAUGAUGCAGAUGGCUCUGUCUCAGUGGCUGAGCUUCUGUCCCACUCUGAGCUCGACCCAGAUUCAGACGGUUCCUUCACAGAAGCAGAGGCUCAGGGGCUUUUAGGAGGAGUUGACAAAGUGGACACUGUAGCCUUUGAGUCUGUUUGGAAAAACAUCAAAGAAAAAUACAUAUCAGAGCACACCAACACGGAAACCCCAGCAGAGGUGGAGACUCCAGGGGAGGAGAUAAGGGAGCCAGCCCUCGACAACGACUCUGAGCAGUACCCUGAAGAUGACAUCCCAGAAGAAGAAGAGGAUGAGGAGGAAGAGGACGAAGAUGAUGACCAAGAUGAUGGAGACUAUAAGCAGAGCCCUCCUCCGACGCAGACCCCGGAAAAGAAGGAGGACGAUGACGAGGGGACUAUGCCACCCUUUGACCAGGAAACGCAGAUCCUCAUUGAUGCUGCUCAGAAAGCCAGGGAUGCAUUCGAUGAAGCUGAGAGAGCUCUGCGAGAAGCCGACGAUCAGAUCAAGAACCUAGAGAAGGAGAUCUCCUUUGACUUUGGACCCAAUGCGGAGUUUGCAUACCUCUAUAGCCAGUGUUAUGAAUUGAGUACUAGCGAGUACAUCUACAGGCUCUGUCCAUUCAACAGGGUGUCCCAGAAACCCAAGUUUGGUGGAUCAGAAACUAACCUGGGAUCAUGGGGGCAUUGGGCCGGUCCUGAGGAUAACAUCUACUCUUUGAUGAAGUAUGAACAUGGGACAGGGUGCUGGCAGGGCCCGAACAGGUCCACCAUGAUUAAGUUAACGUGUGGAAAGGAAACAGUGGUGACAUCUACCUCGGAGCCCAGUCGCUGCGAGUACCUGAUGGAGUUUAUCAGCCCUGCUGUCUGCCAGGAGCCGGUGCUUCAUCAGCAUGAAGAGCUCUAGAUCCACCCGAUUUGUUUCUCUUGAGGGACCACGGUCACUGCAGCAACAUGAAGAUGCUGUGAGAGGCUACAUCAUGGCAUUGAAAAACAACUCAGAACAAACAACCUAAAUUCCAAUGAGUAGUUAUCUCUUCUACAACUCCAUUUUCCUCUGUUGUUGUGUGAUUUCUCUCUGAUUUGUCUCAAAUGUAUUCAUUCCAUUGUUUUCAAAUAAAGCUCAUUUUAUCAUAA